UGUCUCCCCGCAUUACUUCACUCGGUCGCUGAUGGUUUUCCAGCGAAAAUGGGAUACAAGCAGGAAUUAAAACGGCAGUAUUCAACACCGCAGGUCUUUGCUAUUGCAUUCAGUAUAAUGGGCCUUGUACCUUCUAUCGCAUCUACGAUUGCGUUUUCCUUGCCUGCGGGCCCGGUCGGCAUGGUUUGGGGAUGGUUCACUGCUAGUAUAUUCAUUUUCUUGGUCGGACUUGCCAUGUCCGACCUUGCCUCUGCCAUGCCGACCGCUGGAGGUCUUUACUGGUGGACUCAUUAUUUCGCAGCGCCGAAAUAUAAGCGCCCAUUGAGCUUUCUCAUCGGGUAUAGCAAUACUCUUGGCCUCAUUGGUGGCGUCUGUUCUGUGGACUAUACGCUUGCUCUCAUGAUCAUCUCCUGCGUCAGUAUCGCGCGUGAUGGCACUUGGUCCGCCUCCCGCGGUGAGAUCUACGCAAUGUACGUCGCGUUAAUCCUUAUCCAUGGAUUCUCUGCAUCUUUCACAGGACGAAUCAUGCCCAAGAUUCAAACAUUCUGCAUCUACAUUAACAUCGCACUCGUGAUCGCUACUGUGGUUGCAUUACCGGUUGGUAAGGUCACGCGAGGCGGAUCAUUGAAUUCAGGCAGUUAUGUUUUCCGCCACCUUGAUAAUGAAACGACGUGGCCAGCCGGCUGGGCUUUUAUGCUUGCGUGGUUAGCUCCGAUUUGGUCUAUUGGCUCUUUUGAUUCUUGUGUGCAUAUGAGUGAAGAGGCGAUGCAUGCCGCCAGGGCUGUGCCAUUGGGAAUCAUGUUUUCGGCUGGGUCGGCCUGUGUACUUGGUUUUCUGGUUUUGACUGUGAUGGCUGCUACUAUGAACACAGAUGUGUCGAGCACGAUUAAUAGUCCCUUCGGUCAGCCUAUGGCACAGAUCUACUAUGAUGCCCUUGGAAAACAAGGAGCUCUGGGCUUCAUGAUUGUUAUGUGCAUAAUCCAAUACCUUAUUGGUCUGAGCUUGAUCGUCGCUGCUUCUCGCCAAGCGUGGGCGUUUUCCCGCGACGGCGCCCUCCCAUUCUCCACCUUUUUCCGCCAUGUCAGCAAACGUAUCCAAUAUCAACCUGUGCGCAUGAUCUGUGGUCUAGUAGUUAUAUGUUUGAUACUAGGACUCUUAUGUCUGAUCAACAAUGCCGCUGCGAAUGCACUUUUCUCUCUUUUUGUUGCAAGCAACUACUUGUCCUGGGGCACGCCUAUAUUUUGUCGUCUCGUCUGGGGACAAGACCGAUUCCGUCCUGGUGAAUUUUACACCGGGCGAUUCAGUAAGCCGAUUGCAUGGAUCAGUGUUUUUUAUCUGAUCUUCGGGGUUGUGUUAUCUAUGUUUCCCAGUGGGGGGCCUAAACCGGCCCCUUCGGAUAUGAACUAUACCGUUGUCAUUAACGGAUUUGUUUGGAUCGGGUGUAUGAUUUAUUACUUUAUUUUUGCUCGCCAUUGGUUUACAGGACCGAAGAUGACUGUUGAAGAGAAUCAAUCGUCGGAUUCGGAUAACACAAUAUCUGCACCUGUCGAUCUGCAGGCCUCUAGCGGCCGCAAGGAAAAAUGA